CGGUUACCUUUCUGUAUAUCAGCCCUGAGGCUGCCAUGAGUGACUUGUCCCUGCUGUUUAUGGCUGGAGCAAACACAGUGGAAGAGCAGAGGGCUCGAUGGGAGAGAAAGCGCAGCCGGAUAGCCAUGGAGCUGCUGGAAACUGAACACCAAUACCUUGAGCAGUUGGAUUUGGUUGUCACAUUCUUUGUGACAAUUUUAAAGGCCAAAGGGACGCUGAAACCUGCUGUGUUGGAAACCAUAUUUGGACCCCUGGAAUCCAUAUGUUCGGCCAGCCAUGUUCUGUCAUUUCACCUGGAGAGAGGGAAUUUGGGACCAGGAUUGGAAAAUUUCUGUCAGAGUCUGGAGCUUUAUGGCCACUACGCUGAGAAUUUGGAGCAGGCAAAUAAAACCUUGAAGGAGCAACUGAGGAAAAGUAAGUCAUUCCGACGAUUUAAGAAACUCCAGGAGACUCGACCUCAGUUCCAAGGGAGGAAACUAGAGGAUCUGCUUCCUUUGCCCCUGCAGAGGUUGCACCAGUACAAGCAUUUCCUCAGAGACCUGCUGGAGAACACCAGCCCAGACAGUGCCGAGUACCAGAAACUUGCAAAGCCUGUGAAAACUGUUUCUGAAGUAUCUCAGUGGGUCCAAGACAUCAUUCAUAAGAGAGAGAACUCAUUACAGCUACUUCGGGUUCAGAAGCUACUCAAAGGACAGAAGACCCAGGUUUUGACUCCAGGGCGCUGGUAUAUCCGGGAAGGCUGGCUUUUGGUGGUGCCUUCAAAGGGAGAAGAACUGAAGCGCAGGAUGUUCUUCCUUUUUUCUGAUAUCUUUAUCGCAACAAAGCCCUGCCACCCACUGCACCCGCUGAACUCGAACAAAUUGGCAUGCCAGGCUGUCUACCCGCUUCACCAGUGCAUAGUGGAUAAAGUGUUCGGCCACACGCAGAGCCAAGGAGGGCUCCUCAGUCUUUCCUUUCCACACAAGACACUGUUGCUGAUGUCCAGUGACCAAGAAGAUAUUAAUGACUGGUAUCGGAGUCUCACAGCUGCAGUCAGGCAGCUGAAAGCCUGACCCACCUGAGUACAAGACA